UAGUUUUGACAUAGCACUCAACUAGUGAUUCUUCGAUUCUUCACCAUAGAUAUAUGGAUUAAAAGUAUUGGUCGAGAAGAUCAAUUACAAUGUAUAAAGUUAAGUCUGCAACGAAGAAAAGAAUACCUAUAUCUUUCUCCAAAAGGCACAAGAGAUCCAAACCAGUUACCUAUGCAAAGUAUAUUCAACCUUGCUUGUUCUCCUCCAUAUGAUGGCCCCACAAAUAACAAACCCAAACAACGUUUCCUUUCCAAGGUUUCUUCUAUUUCAAAUAAAGCACAUGCAAGUGGCUAAUGGAUGAUGACAAAACAUAUAAGUGAUAUAGAAGAAAAACCUGAGAAUAAACCCUACCAGUAGAAUGGAGAAUUUAUGGACUCAGAUGAGGGUACAACUUACUGGUACGGAGGAGAACAAAUCUGAUCUUGGCGCCACAAGGGAUAGGAAAAUACCUAUACAGAAGAACCAGUCUUUCAAAGCAGAGAAGAAGAAGGGCCAGAAUUGGUUGCAAAAACAGCUUUCAAGUAAAACAGGCCGUGAUUACGACUACAUAGAAAUGGUGCAUGCUGCAGCAGUAGCUGCUGCUGCAUUAUCAAUUAAUUUGCAAGAGACAUUUGAGCAGAAGAGUGAGACCCCGGAGGCCUCAUCGGCCAAGGUCAAAAGCAACAUGGACAGCACAAAAUCUUCAAAGUCCCUUCUCAGUAGUGCAUCCAAGCGAUUAUCAGGUUCAUUUAGAUCUAAAGAUGACCAGGGUGACAAGGUGUCAACAUCCUCGGUUAUAGAAGAAAAGAAACCGGAAAAAGCCAUUACUCCUGCACCAUCAAUGAAAAAGACUUCGACUUUCACUGGAAAAAAAACUAACAGCACGGUACCAAAUGCUCCUCCUCCACCCCCGCCACCGCCACCACCAAUUAGGAAGACUUCAGAGAAACCUGGCCCUCUAAGACAGACUACAACAGGAUCAAACAAUGGGGAGACAAAUGCAGAUGAUGAAUGGGAGAGAACUGAGCUCGAGAAGAUCAAACAAAGGUAUGAGAAGUUGAAAGUGUUGAUAGAUUCCUGGGAAGACAAGAAGAGGAUGAAAGCAAAACGCAAGCUAAUGAAGCAAGAGAGUGAAAUUGAACGGAGAAGGUUAAAAGCUUUGGAGAAAUUUCAAAAUAAGAUGAAGUAUGUAAAUCUAGUUGCAGACGGCGCGAGAGCCAAGGCUGAGGAAAGCCGAAAAAAUGAAGAGCUGCAAGCAAAAGGGAAGGGAAGUACAAUUCGAACAACAUGCAAACUGCCACGGAUGUAUUUCUGCUUCUGAGAUCACUAAUUGCCAAACAUCAAGGAGUUUGAGAGGCAAAGAUCUAAGUGCUUGUACAUAGUUCUAUCUAUAGCUCUUACUCAUCAUUUAUGCUCAAACAAUACAUGAUGCUGUAAAAAUUGUAAAAACAGAACUGUAAGCUUCAACAAAUACACGAGCUACUUCUUGAGUAAACCAGUUUACCUUUCCUUGUUUU